CUUCCUAUCCGUCAUUGCAAGGCGCCGGGUUGUAGAACUGGCUCCACCCCCAGCAUCCCGUGGCCAUGACGACGGCCCCGCGGGACUCCCUAGUGUGGAAACUUGCCGGGCUGCUGCGGGAGUCCGGGGAUGUGGUCUUGUCUGGCUGUAGCACUCUGAGCCUACUGACUGCCACACUGCAGCAGCUGAACCACGUGUUUGAGCUGCACCUGGGGCCAUGGGGCCCUGGCCAGACAGGCUUUGUGGCUCUGCCCUCCCACCCUGCUGACUCUCCAGUCAUCCUCCAGCUUCAGUUCCUGUUCGAUGUGCUGCAGAAAACACUUUCACUCAAGCUGGUCCAUGUCCCUGGCUCUGGCCUCCCAGGACCCAUCAAGAUUUUCCCCUUCAAGUCCCUUCGACAGCUGGAGCUCCGAGGUGUCCCCCUCCACUGCCUGCAUGGCCUCCGAGGCAUCUACUCCCAGCUGGAGACCCUGAUCUGCAGCAGGAGCAUCCAGGCAUUAGAGGAGCUCCUCUCAGCCUGCGGUGGUGAUCUCUGCUCUGCCCUCCCCUGGCUGGCUCUGCUUUCUGCCAACUUUAGCUAUAACUCCCUGACCUCCUUGGACAGUUCCCUGCGUCUCUUGUCAGCUCUGCGCUCCUUGAACCUGAGCCACAAUCGAGUGCAGGACUGCGAGGCCUUCCUCACUGACUUGUCUGAACUCUGCCAUCUGGACAUCUCCUAUAACCGCCUGCGUUUAGUGCCGAGAAUGGGACCCUCAGGGGUUGCUCUGGGGACCCUGAUACUGCGAGGCAAUGAGCUCCGGAGCCUCCAUGGCGUGGAGCAGCUCAGGAACCUGCGGCACCUGGAUGUGGCCUACAACCUGCUGGAAAGACACAGGGAGCUGUCACCUCUCUGUCUGCUUGCGUUGCUCCAGAAGCUCUACCUGGAGGGGAACCCUUUGUGGUUCCACCCUGCACACCGAGCGGCCACUGCCCAGUACUUGUCACCCCGUGUCAGGGAUGCUGCACCUGGGUUUCUUCUUGAUGGAGAGGUCUUGUCACUUACUGAUUUUCAGACCUCCACAUCCUCAGGACCUGGUCCUUUGACGCCCCCUCUGCCCUGGCCAGUGGGGAGUACCACGGAAACCUCAGGUGGCGCUGACUUGAGUGACAGCCACUCCUCAGGGGGCGUUGUGGCCCAGCCCCUGCUCCGCAGGGUUAAGCCUCACAGCCGAGUCCGUGUGAGGCGGGCAAGCAUCUCUGAACCCAGCGAUACCGACCCAGAGCCCCGAACUCUGGACCCGUCCCCAACUGGCCGGUUUGUGCAGCAGCAUCGGGAGCUAGAGCUCAUGAACAGUUUCCGGGAACGGUUUGGCUGUGACUGGCUGCAGUACAGGAGUCACUUGGAGACCUCUGGGACCCCCCUUCUGGCCACCUCCAAGACCUCUGACCUCAGCACACUGCCUCCACACUCCCUGGGCCCAGAGGCUCGGCCUGAUCUUCCACCUCCAGAGAAGGAAACCAGUGGCCCUGAAGAGACACCACAGGAAAUGUCAGAGGAGGCCAGGGUGGAGCCGGAGCCACAGGGGGAAGUGGAGGGGGAGGAACAGGAAAAAGCCAAGGAAGAAAAGGAGGAAGAGGAGGAGGAAGAGCAGAGCAAAGUAGAAGCGGAGCUCUGCCGCCCCAUGUUGGUGUGCCCCCUGGAGGGGCCUGAGGGCGUGCGGGGCAGGGAACGUUUUCUCCGGGUCACUGCUAGCCAUCUGUGUGAGGUGGAGCUCCAAGCAGCUCAAACCCUGGAACGUCUUGAGCUUCAGAGUCUGGAGGCAGCUGAGAUAGAGCCUGAGACCCAAACCCAGAGAGAACCAGUGCCCAGUGACUCAGAUCCGCUCCCCUGGGCCCCUGUCCUCGUUCUGCGCUUUUCCUACAUUUGCCCUGACCGGAAGUUGCGUCGCUAUGUGGUGCUGGAGCCUGACGCCCACGCAGCCAUCCAGGAGCUGCUUGCUGCAUUGACCCCAGCCAUCGCCAUGGCCCAGCAUCAGCUUGAGGAUGUGGGGGCCCUCCUAGUGAGCAGACUCCAGUGUCUGCGUUGUGGUCAUGAGUUCAAGCCUGAGGAGCCCAGGUUGAGACUGGACAGUGAGGAUGGCUGGAGGCCUCUGUUCCAAAAGACAGAAUCUCCUGCUGUGUGCCCAAGCUGUGGUAGUGAUCACGUGGUUCUCGUGCUUCUACGUGGGGGGCCGCCCAGUGGGGAGCCCCCCAGUGGGGAACAGAGACAGAGAGAGCAAUCCCUGGCUGCCUCUCAAUCCCCCAGCCCUGUCCGUGACUCUCCUGGCUGCAGUGACCUCCACAGCAGGGCUGAUGGGGUCCCAUCUCAGACACCACAUUCCCAAGACCGCAACAGUUGGAGCCUUAGUCCCCCCCUUGACUGCCAUGGCCUCCGCUCUGUGGACCACCGACUCCGGCUCUUCCUAGAUGUUGAGGUGUUCACUGAUGCCCAGGAGGAGUUCCAGUGCUGCAUCAAGGUGCCACUGGUGCUGGCAGGCCACUCUGGGGAAUUUCUGAGUCUUGUGGUGCUGUCUGACCAGAAGCUUUAUGUGUUGAAGGUGACCGGGGAGAUCCGCGGGCCACCAGCUAGCUGGCUCCAGCCGACCCUGGCCAUUCCCCUGCAGGAUCUGAGUGGCAUCGAGCUGGGCCUGGCAGGACAGAGCCUCUGGCUGGAGUGGGCAGCCGGGGAGGGCAGCUGUGUCCUACUGCCCCGAGAUGCGAAGCACUGCCGGGCCUUCCUAGAGGAACUCCUUGAUGUCUUGCAAUCUCUGCCCCCCAUCUGGAGGAGCUGUGUCACUGCCACGGAGGAAGAGGUGACCCCACAGCACCGGCUUUGGCCACUGUUGGAAAAAGAUUCUUCCAUGGAGGCUCCCCAGUUCUUCUACCUUCAGGUGUUCCUGGUUGAGGGUGAGGCCUCUGGGUUACAGACGUGCCGCUUGUUCCCUGUGCCCUGUCUUGUCCCGGGCCAUGGCCUGGCCCCUGCGCCUCUGCUGUGCUGUUGUAGCAGUGCUCAGUUCCUGGCCCCUGGACUUCCUCUCGCUCACGGGCAGACCCACAUGCCGGCCUUGGCGUUCCUUGCCUCUGGGGAUGAGGCCAGGAGGUGCCCUGGAUCCUCCGUUGCCCAGGGACCUUUGCUUUCAGGAUCCUCUGCCUGCCCUGUGUCCCUGCUGCUGACUCUGUCCACCCUGUACCUGUUAGAUGAGGACCUAGUAGGGUCGCAGGUUGAGCCCCCUUUUUCAUCAACACUGGGAGAAACCUCUGAGAUGUCCCCUCAUCUGGGACCAGGCCCCUCUGUGUGUGUCCGGCGGCAGCAGCCACUCAGCAGCCUGAGCUCGGUGCUGCUGUACCACACAGCCCCAGAGGCCUUGCGGCUGGUGUUCUAUGAUGAGGUGUCUCGGCUAGAGAGUUUUUGGGCACUCCGUGUGGUGUGUCCGGAGCAGCUGACGGCACUGCUGGCCUGGAUCCGGGAGCCCUGGGAGGAGAUGUUUUCCAUCAGACUACGGACUGUGACCCACGAGACUCUAGACCCUGACCCUGACCGGUGAGGCUUCCAGUGCUGACCCCAACCGGCCUCUGGUGCUGCGUACCCAGCCGCAGAGCUGCUCUCUCCAUGUCUGUGGGUCUGGCUUCAAGACUCUGGCUGCAGACUUCUCUGGCCUUUGGACACUGGCCACUGAGGCCCCAGAUGACCCAUGGUUCAAGGGACAAGAGAAAUGGUCUGGCCUCUGGAUGACCCAGCUCAAGGCGACGGGCCAAGUGGUCAGCGGGAAAGUUCCCUGCACUUUUUCUCAGGUGUCAAUAAAGUUGUUUCUGUUUCAGAUGG